UUAGCAAUGCGGAAGUGCUACGGUUCCAAGCGUAAAAGGCUUUGCUACUUGGGAAAAGUACUUAAACGAAACUGUUUUUUUAAAAUAGUUUGACGUUACUUUCACUUCAAAAGUCGACGAUAUCACUGGUGACUUUGUCACGGGUGGAAAGCGCCCGGCAGUUCAGAACAGCUCGCUUUAACUCCACACCUAUAUCCAUAUUUGAGCUGCUGACUUUCAAGUCCAGCCCCGAAGAGCAAUCCUGACCUGGGGUAUUGUCUGUGUGACGUUUACACUUGUCCCUGUGAACAACGGGUUUCCUCUGGGUGCUUCGGUUUCCUCCAAAAGCUGAUAGUUGAAAAGACCACUGACUACCCUUCCACUGAGUAUUCUCUGGUGGAGGAUGUUGCCCUCCACUUCACUUGUUUGAUGGACAGAUUGAACGAGCAGCGCCUAUUUCAGCCGGACCUGUGUGACGUAGACAUUGUGUUGGUGCGGCAGAAGAACACAUUCCCUGCUCACAAGGGGGUCCUUGCGGCCUACAGCCAGUUCUUUCAUUCCCUCUUCACGCAAAAUAAGCAGCUGCAACGCGUCGAACUUUCACUGGAGGCACUGACGUCGCAAGGGUUCCAGCAGAUCCUUAACUUCAUCUACACUUCAAAGCUGCUGGUAAAUGCCUGCAAUGUGCAGGAUGUGCUGAAUGCGGCUGCAGUUCUACAGAUGAACGAUAUUGCCACUUCCUGUCAAGAGUUAAUAGACAGCCGAUCCUUAAAUUUGACAACAGUGGUGAGCGACAUGUCGAAACAGGAAAGCCACAGCAAUCCUCUCGGCUCGCAGUUUUACCGUGAGAUCAAACAGGAGGUGGAUUCGCAUCCCAAGAUCUACGCCCGUGAGGGUAACAACCCGUACUCGGUACGUGUGGAGGACAAUACAGGGAAGCAGCACUCACCUCUGCAGCAGAAGCAGCAAUAUUACAAGGAGGAGAAUGAUAGCCAAGCAGUGUGUAAGAUCGAAGGUGACACGGAGAUGGACGAUGACUCUGAUAGCCGGAGCUCCUACAAUAGGGAGCAGAUCAUCGUUGAGGUUAACCUCAACAACCAGACUCUGAAUGUUUCUAAAGGUGCCGAAGGAAUGUCUUCACCUUCAGAGGCCACUGCUGUUUUAGGAAGGUGUCCCGAAGAGGAGGAGGAUGAAGAGGAGGAAGAGGAUGAUGAAGAGGACGAUGAUGAAGAUGAGGAUGACGAUGAAGACGAUGCGGAUGAAGAGGAGGAUGAAGAAGAAGUCAGUGAGGAAGAUGAUGAGGAUGUAGAAGAGAGUGAAGAAGAUGUAAAUGAAGAUGAUAAUUCUGAAACUCCAGAAGUUAAGACUGAAAGUGGCCAAGCUCCGAGAAGAGCAGCAAGAGCUUCGACUGCCUCUAAAGAGGCGACUCCAGCAGCUUCCAGUAGGUCACGGCGACGGGCCAAACCAGAAGCGACCACUCGAGGUAGGAAGCGAAAGAAGGAUUCCGAUAGCUCAAAUCAGAAGGUGAAAAUUGAGGAGAAGCAGAACUUCCCCUGCAAAAAGUGCCCCCGGGUCUUCAAUAACCGUUGGUAUCUAGAAAAACACAUGAAUGUCACACACAGCCGCAUGCAGAUCUGUGACAAGUGUGGCAAGAGAUUUGUACUGGAGAGUGAGCUAUCACUACAUCACCAGACUGACUGUGAGAAAAGUAUUCAGUGCGUCACCUGUGGGAAAGCAUUUAAGAAGCUUUGGUCCCUUCAUGAGCACAAUAAAAUAGUCCAUGGUUAUGCUGAGAAAAAGUUCUCGUGUGAAAUCUGCGAAAAAAAAUUUUACACGAUGGCCCACGUCAGAAAACACAUGGUUGCUCACACGAAGGACAUGCCAUUCACCUGCGAGACAUGUGGGAAGUCGUUUAAACGCAGCAUGUCACUAAAAGUCCACUCUCUGCAGCAUUCAGGGGAGAAACCUUUCAAAUGUGAGAACUGCAAUGAAAGAUUCCAGUACAAGUAUCAGUUGCGCUCUCAUAUGAGCAUCCACAUCGGACACAAGCAGUUCAUGUGUCAAUGGUGCGGGAAGGAUUUUAACAUGAAGCAGUAUUUCGAUGAGCAUAUGAAGACGCACACUGGGGAGAAACCAUACAUCUGUGAAAUCUGCGGCAAGAGCUUCACCAGUCGACCGAACAUGAAGCGCCAUCGCCGGACGCACACAGGCGAGAAGCCAUACCCUUGUGACGUCUGCGGGCAACGGUUCCGCUUUUCCAACAUGCUGAAGGCGCACAAGGAGAAGUGUUUCCGAGUAACCAACCCCGUCACAGCAGACAGCAGCCCGCUGAGCCUCACCUCCAGCGUGCCCCCCAAUUCUAGCCCCCUCAUUUCCCACCCCCACUCCCUCCCGCUGCCCCUCCUGCACUCCCUCCCCCCGACCCUCCCCCCUCCUCCCCACCUGCCGCCCCCUCCACCCCUCUUCCCAGCCGGACGGAUAAACGCCAACAACAAUUGAGUGGCUGUGAGCUGGUUUCUCUCCAAACAGAAGAGACGAGGGACUGGCCAAGCGGUUGGAGCCAUGCCCCAGGUGUGACGCCGAAUACACUGUUACCUGGAAGGAAUACAACCAAAGGAGGCAUAUGUACUUAAAGGACGGGGUGUAACAGUCAAUGAACCUAGGGGAAAAAAGACGUAUGUAACAAAAAAAAACUAUUUUGGUGUAUUAUUUACAUUAAAAGAUGUAGACAGGAUUUUUUUUUAAAUACCAUAUAGGACAGGACUGGUGAUAACUAGUCUGAACCACUUUUAAAGACAACCAUAGACUCUAACUAUUCACUAAAAAAUAUCUUUUGUUAGAAUUUUCAAACACAAAUAUACCUGCAGCAUAUAAUGCAAGAAGGACAUGUACAGAUUUAAUAGUGUGCAUCUUGAGGGCAAAGGGACUGAACAAGUAGCCCUUCAUAAAUGUGUUCCUAAUGUACUUAAUUAGCAAGGUAAUAUGGGAUUCUUCCCCUUCCUGCCGUUCUCCUUUUCCCCCCUCACUUCCAAUCUGUAACCUGCUGUUUUAUUUAACAAAAUGAGCUGUGCUUGUGUGUAGCAAGUUUAACCACUUACCCAACAGACUUGACAUUUUAGCAGCCAGUGUUGUGUGGCGUAAGUGAACCGGAACCAUAAGAGUGUGUGGCCUGCUGUGGAAUCGAUUGAAGCAACGGUAAGAGUGAAGGAGUUGCAGCUUAUGGGAAUGUACAAAAAACCAAAGAGGGAAAGACUGUCAGUAUGAAUAUUUAGCAAAUAGUUCCACCAGGCUAGGAAGUUACUGGUGCGAAUCCUACUUCUCCCAGCCUUCUGAACCCACUCCAGCUCACACCUUUGCUGCGUUUUACCUCCAAAAUUUACAUACAUUUCUGUGGUUAGUUUUCCAGAGCACAGAAUUAGCACUUAAUUAUGGGCACUGCGUCUUUCGACGGGAAGGUGGAACUAAUAACUGCAGAAAUUGUCAUUUUCAAGCCCGUGGAAUGCAAGAAAGACGGUUAUAGAGCUGGUCUAGGUAGAAAGUCUUUGAUAGAAAGUUGGGAGUGGAACAAGUCAGUAUAGCCCUGAAGAAAUGCAGUGAUUCUGCUAUGCACCCAGCAGAAGAGGCACAUAGGACUGAGUCGAGAAGACACAGUGGCGCUCGGGCAAGGCGCGUGAGGUUAUUGGCAUCUCACCAACAGCGACUGCUCCAAGCUGCAGUGAGUGAGGGCUUCUCGUCAUUAAAUCUCUAUAUACUCAACAGGAAAAUAGGACUUCUCUUUCAAAUAUUGCCUUAAACGAUUGGGUACUUUGAGUUGCAAGGGGCGCUUCAAUGAAGGACAUGUUUCUACCCCUCUUUCCACUACUCCCAGCUCAUCUGGCUGCUGGUGGUUAACCUGGAGAUGUACUCCAGUCUAAAACAUAAAAGUAGCAUUGCGUCUUUGUUGUAGAAUUGGAGGUUUGUGUUUCAGAGAUGAGUGGGUCAGCAGGCAAUAAGGCUACUCUGGUGAUUUGUACUUGUGUGCAAGUUUCAACUGGUAUUUCAGUGAGUGUUCAAGUAGGAUCUUGAUUGCGUAAAUAAUCAAACCUCAUUAGUUUUCCUUAGCCAAGUAUUUUAUUUUAGUCAAAUAUCCUGCAUGAUUGUGCCCAAAAGACAAAGGAACAUUGAUUGAUGGAAUGGUGAAUUGAAUUUCUCAAGCUGUUAUUUUUGGUAGCCCCUCUAGUAUGUGGUCAGGUAGUGGUGUGGAAAUCCCGAGAGAGAUCAUUUGCAUUGGUUAGCUUUUGCGUCAUCCAGUUUGCUCACGAUGUCUUCACCUCAAACAUGGUGGACUCUGGAAAGAGAACUUUUUGCAAGCAGAAUCAUGGGACAGUGCGGUCUUCUUUUGCAAGUGCAACAGGCAGGUAGGGAACCAAGUGGUUGGUUGACCAUUAUUGCAAAGCGAUUGGAGUACAAGGGUGCAUGUCGUGCUGCAGUUAGUUUGGGUGUUGUUGAGACCACGCCUAUUUUCAUUGUAUUGACUGCUCUGUCUAUGGAUUGUCACAUGUGGAGAGAUUUAGUCAACCUGUGUAUAUUCCCUAGGGUUUCAACAGAAAAUGUUAUGAGGCCUGAUAGGGUGAACACUGAGAAUAGAUCUCAUGGCUGGACAGCUUAGAUCGAGCAGAUCACUGUCUUGGCCAUUUGGGACUGAGCUGAGGAGAAAUCUCUUGACUCAAAGGCUUCUGAAUGUGUAGAGUUCUCAAUCUCAGAAGGCAAUGGAUGUUUAGUUCUUGAAUUUAUUCAAGAUGAGCUUGAAUAGAUUUUCAGGAUACUACUGUGUAGGUAACCAAAUUGUCCUCAUCUUGAACAGUGGGGAAUGGUAAGCGGCCUCUUCUGGGCCCUGCCUUCUCUCAUUCUUGUAGGCCAACUAGACACUGCUGGGCAUACCAGGGCAUUGCUGGUGCUUUCAAGGUCUUUAAUUAGACCAUUAGGAAGAGCUGCCAGUGUCGACCACGUUCCCAGAUGCUGCCGUUUUAAUUUGUUUUGCUCAACUAACGGGUACUAGUAAACUUUUGUUUUAAACUUGAACACUAACCUAGAUUUUAAAGGCAUUAGUACAAUGAGACUGGUGGGCAGUCUUGCUUUUUGAAACUAGAGCUGCUGUGAUUGCUCGCUUUGGGCCUUGGUUUCUCAGACAACCUUGUACACUACACUGCAUCCACAUCAAAGGUGUGCAGUUACUGCAUCUCCCACUCCCUCCUCCUGUUGUCCAGUACGGGAUGAGGUAGGACUGGAAAAGGUAGACAGACGCUCAUGGUUCAGAAAUUACAUAAUCAGCAGCUUUAAUCGUAAUAAAAAUCACUAUCUUGUAUCGGGAAGGAGUAGAAGUUCCUUGUUUCCAUUGUGCAGGUUUAUAACAUUUAGUGGUAAGAAGCAGGGGAGUAAAUCUUUGCAAGUGCACUGUUAAGUCACAAGCUAUAUUUUAUCAGAGAAUUUAACGUGCAGUAUUUGUCGUUGUACAGAGGAGAUAAGGAGUAUGUCAGUGAAGCAUCACAGUAUUUUUAAUGUGCUCUUAUCGGAUACAGAGUUUAAAAUAUUAAAUAAAAUAAAAAAGUUGGUUAUUGUAAAGACAUAGGACUUUUUUUAAUAUUAAGUGUUUUUGAUACUUUUGAAUUCUGCCUAUUUUGCUCAUCGUGAAGAGAUGGAAACUUAGGAAAGUCACAAUUAAAGCAAUAGUAACCAAGGGAAUGCACAUCCUGACGCUUUCAUGCCGCACUUUCUGACUCUUCUAACAUAGCCCUCGGAUGGUCAUUGGCAAGUAUAAACCCUUAAAAAAACAAUUUGGCCUCCUGUAAUAGAUCUAUCAUAGUCACUGCAAACUUAUUGUUUGCAAUUUGGCCUGAUGCUGGAAAUAAAGGGUAGUCCCCACAUUGUGACAUUUGCACAAAAACAGUUCAAGGUGAAUAAUAAAUAAUUCAUUCCUUUUCCUUAACCCUGUGGUCUACACUGCAUAUGGUCGCACACCAAACGGCUACAGCCAGGCAUUGUGAUAUGCCCUCUCUGUGGCUGGGAUCUCUUUAUGUAUUAUUGAGAGGAGGGAGGGCUGAAUUCGCAACCCUAUUUUUAAAAAAAAAUAAGAAAAAAAAAUGUUUUUGACAAAAAAUUAUCCCAAAGAAAGCAAUAAAUGGACAUUUGUCAUUUAAAAGCAGGACAAACUUGCACAGGUUAUAUUGCACCCAUACAGUCUAUAGUAAUGACAUCAAGUCUCAGCCAACAAUAUUAAGGGGAUUUUAUUUUGUUUUGGUGGCACUUCCUGUGGUGAGUCUUAUUUUUUUAAUUUCUAAAAUAAAUCCUCGUUCCAAUUCCGACUUUCAUCCCUUUACCAGUUGAAUUCACGUUACUGUUCUGUACGGAAGUAGUUCUGUAUGGCAUGCUGCUGUCUGCCGACUCCUGAGGCUGAAUCAGUUCAAGGUUUGGAUGAGUUACACUUAAAGGUUUCUUUAAAUUCGUAGGCAUUUAAAUUCGAAGGUCAGAGUUGAAAGGUGAGGAUUAAUAUUGAAUUGGAGCAUUUAACUGUAGCAGUACUGAACAAUAUCAUGGAUAAAUUUAUUCAUGUGCUUCACUUAGGUAAGCUAAUUUUACCAUGAAAUCUUGCACCUUAUCCCUAUUUAAUGGCCCUUUCUACACAGACCAGAGGGGGUUGGUUGGUCCGGGGGAGGGGAGGGGAGGGGUUGGUAGGGAGAAAUGAUGCUUUGUACUGUAGUGUUCCACUAUCUUGCUGAGAGAUUUUUUUUUUGAAGUGAGAUUGUACCAAUGUUGCUCGCUGCAUAGUACAGCCUCAAUCAGGUAGCAAACAGCUUGUUGAACAUAGGGAAAUGCUACAGUUAAUAUUCAGUGGAUUUGAGGCCAAAAUUUAGCUUGGCCGUUUAGUAAAGCAUUAGGUUUAAGAAAAAAAUCAAAUUUGUGUAUCAGUCAUAAGUAUCUUAAUUCUAUAUUUUACUACAUAAACACAUCUUAGUUAUCUUGUGUAUAUAGCAUUAAUAUAGAAUGUUGUAAUCUUGUGGUUUAAAGGAAGAUUAUGUCAAUAGGUGCUACAAUUACUGGUCUAUAUCUGUCAUUUAUGUAUUGCUUAGUGUAUAGUGUAUUCAGGAUUUGCUGUCUAAAUUCCUGACAGAAAUAAACCCUUUCAUUAUAAUAAA